AUGUCAGCAGAGGCGUCAGACCAGAGCGUCCCAGCUCAGAGCGGCGAGAAAGAACAACCAAAUACUCCUCCUGACGUCUCGCAAGUCACCAAGUCAGUUCGUUCUGUUACCAUGAACAACGUCUUCCUCGGAGAUCUCGGCGAGGAAAUAGUCACUCUUUGUGUCGGCACCAAGCGAAAGGCUUUCCGUGUACACCAGAAGCUGCUCUGCCAGUCUGUGGACUACUUCGACAAGGCAUUCAAUUGCUUCAAGGAGGGUGUCGACGGCGUCAUGUAUCUUCCAGACGAUAGCCCCGAUGCAAUUGGUAUCUUCAUCGACUGGCUCUACCGAGGCGAUAUUCCGAUCAAGAACACCCAAUCACAUCUCAAUAACUUGGUUGAUGUCUACAUCUUUGCCCACAAGAUUUGUCUGGUAACUCUGAAGGACAAAACCAUGAAUACGAUCCGUGACUUGACUCGGAGAUAUGGGUUAGUCGAUAAGCAUUUCAUUCCAAACACCGAAAAAGUCUGGACAUCCACUGGAGAAGUAUGCUCAGGGUUACUAAUAUUCUGCGUUCACAUCACUGUACAUGGAAUGGUCUUGAGGUCUGUCGAGGUUGGUGAGAGCUCGUCAGAAUUCAAGCCUAGGAAGCUAUGCCACGAUGAUAUGAAGACUUUAUGGGACCUUGGAAAAGGUAGCUUUAAGUUGUUCGCCAAGCUUUUGAGGAUGCUUGAGUACGAAAUGCAAAUUAGUCCGCAGCUAUUGGACUUCACAGCUCGUCGUGAAGUUUUCCUCAAGCCUGAGCAUGUUUGCUGGUUUCAUAGCCACAAGCGGGAUGAUCCAUGUACACUGGAAGGAGAGCACAACGAGGAAAGCAAGCUGGAGGAAUUCCUGGAGGAUAUUUGA